AUGCCUGUAGCGCUUCGCCCUUACCUCACUAGCUGCUAUUCGCUGGACUGGGCGCUGGGCCAACUUCUCAACGCGGUCAUCUUUCGAGGUACCCUAACUCUGCCCGCUCUCUGGACGUACCGUGUUCCCUUUGCUCUCCAGUAUGAUCAUACAUGGUAG